AUGGCGGACCACGGCGGCGCGGGCGGCGGCAGCAAGGCGAUUUGGGACUGCUCCUGCGGGGCCAUGGGCAACUGGGCAUCUCGGACUAACUGCCGCGCGUGCGGCGCCAAGUUGCCGCCGUGGGCGGGGCCGUGCUCCACCUCGGCUGCGGCACGCGGGCCUCGCGGCGGCGCCGCGGCUGGCGCCGGCAAGAAGAUCAAGGCCCUGCAGCGCGAGCUCGACGGCCUCAAGAAGGAUAACAAGGCGCUGCAUCGCUCGACCUCGAGGGGCGCUCCAGCGGCGGCGGGCGCCGCUGGCGCGGAGGAGGCACGCGGCAGUGACAGGGUGGCGGAGCUGCGGGGCCUCAUCGCGAAGAUGGAAGCCCUGGGCAGCUCGGACGAGGCCACGGCGUCGCUCCUCGCGUCCGACCGCAGCGAGAUGGCCCGACUGCAGGAAGAGCUGCGCCAGGCCAAGCCACCGCGCGAGCAGCCGCGGGCGACCGACGCCAAUUUGGGCGAGCUGGACCAGCGCAGCGUGGCGAAGCAGGAGCAGGUCGCCAAGCGGAAGGGGGCCCUCGCCAACGCCGAGAAGGAGCUCGAGGCGGCGCUGGCCGAGCGCGCCGCCAUCAGCGCGGAGCUUGCUAAGGUCGCGGCGACCCACCUGGCGGAGCUUGCGACCAAAGCCGCCACGCCAGCCGAGCGAGGGCGGCUCUUCCUGGACUCCCUCGGCAACCUCAAGGCCGCGGUGGUGGGCCAGGCCCCCUCCGAGGUCGCGGCCGCAGUGCAGCUCGUCGAGGAGCGGGGCGAGCAAGAGGCCGCCAACGUCGCCGCGCCGCCCAGGCCGAGCGGCGCAGGAGGCGGCACCAGCGCGGAGCCCGUCGAGGUCCUUGCCAGCCAGGGCGAGACAGAUGCAGCGGACGCGGCGAUGGAUGACGCGCUGGAAUCGGCCCUGGCCGCGGGCCUGGCGGGCCCCGAUGGCGACGGCGACCGCUCUGCCUCGGGCUUCAGCCGCGAGAAGAUCCGCAGCGCCAUCGCAGCAGCCCGCGCCAAAGCAGGAGGUGACCGUCGCAGUGGCAGCGGCGGAGUCAUCAAGACGGUGCGAAAUCGGCUGCGCGCCCGUGCCCCUGCGCCUCGACGCGCUGAUUGCAGCGAGCGACCCUGCCGCCCGCGCGGCGCCCGAGCGCGCCACCGGGAGGCGGGCCCGCGAGGAGAGGGCGGCAGCCGCCCCGACCGCCCUGAGGGCGCGGCCCCGAGGCGGCCAGCCAGGCAGCGGCGCGCCCGCCCGAGGCGCAAGGACACGUUCGAGGUAACGACGGUCAACGGGUCUGGCCGGGGCCCGCCCACCCAGCUCUGGCAGGAGGAGGAGGCUGGCGCUGGGUUCGCGGAGAGCCACCGCGCGGAGACGCACCUCCACGCGCGCGACAUCAGCGCCCAGGAGGCGCGGCGCAGGCGGGCGGUGGUGAAGGCCGUCCUGGCGCCUGGCGCGGCUGGCAGAGGCGGCGCUGGAGGCGCCCGCGCGGCCUCGGGCGGCCUCGGGGUCGCCGCCCCCGCCACGCGCGGCCUGGCCAACGCCGGCACGGCGGGCGGCAACCGCGUGACCUGCAGCGACGGGCGCGGCAUCGUCGCGGUGACGGACGCGGUCUGCCGCGGCAGCCUCGCCCUCGGCAGCACCCACCUCGCCAGCGACACGGCGGGGGAGGCAUCCCAGCGGACCCUCGUCGAGAUCGGCGACGCGCUGGUGUCCCAGGGCAGGCCGCGGGUCCUCGGCUGCGACGUCAACGCCGCGCCCGACGUCUUUAAGGCGAAGGCGGGCUGGUGGCUGGAGGCCCCACUGCGCCGCGCGCUGAACGCGCGCAUGGAGAUCGCGCCCGCGCGGGCCCUGGGACAGCGGAUGGCCUCCCCGAGGGAGCUGCCCAUCGGCCCGCGGCGCGAGGCCGCCACCCCGUCGGCCGACCUGCAGGCGCUGGCGGUCUCAGAGGCCUCCUCCCCAGCAGCGCUGGAAGCGGCCUACCUCGGGGCCAUGCGUCAGGCCGAGGCAGACAUGUUCUGCGCCUACCACGCCGACGACCCGCAGGAGGCGCAGGCCGCCGCGCUGGCUGCCGAGCACAGCCGCCGCCGCCACGAGCGCUUCAACAGGUGGGUGCUGGAGGCGCUCGAGCACGGCGCAGGCGGGCUCCACGCAUGGCGACGCGGCCCGCGCGGCUGGCAGGAGGACGAGCUGGACGUGCUAGGCGCCCCGAGAGCGGGCCAGCGCGAGGUGGUCGCCGUCGACAGGCACUGGGCGCACGAGGUCUGGAGCAUGGCCGACGGCUCGGACGGGCGGCAGGACUUCGAGCGGCAGACGCACUCGGAGGCGCUUCCCAGGCCGACGGCGGCCGAGUGGCUGGACGCCGCCAACUCGUCCGCGAGGCGCACGGGCAUGGGCGCCAACCGCACCUCGCCGCGCGCCUUCACCCAGGCGUCCGCGGCCACGGCCAAGCUCUUCGUGGACAUCGGCACGGCGGUCGAGGAGUGGGGCGGCUGGCCGCUGGCGGCGCGGGCGUCGCCCAUCGCGAUGCUACCCAAGCCCGCGGGCGGCUGGCGGCCCAUCGGGCUGCUCCCCAGCAUCCCGCGGAUCUGGAACAAGCUCAGGCAGGCCGGAUGCGCGGCGCUGGGAGGGCGCUCGGCCCAGGAGCCCGCGCGGCGCCAGGCGCUGGCGGCCGAGGCGGCGGGGGCGCAGCAGCUCCGCGGAGCCGCGCUGCUGAUCGACCUCGAGAGGGCGCACGAGACGGAGCGGCUGGCCCGCGCCGAGCGCCUGGCCCGCCGUGCUGGCCUGCACGGCCGACCGGUCCGCUGCGCCAUGUCGACCCACCGCGGGCGCCGACGCACGCGCGCGGGCACCGGCGUGGCCGAGGCGCGCGCACUGGACGCGGGCCUGCUGGCUGGCUGCCCGCACGCGGGGAGGGCCCUGAAGGCGGCGAUGCUACUUGUGGCGAGGGCGCGCUCCCGGGAGUACGGCGCCUGCCGCAGCGGCGAGCUGAAGCCCGACAUGUACAUCUUCUACAGCGACGCGAUCUCGGGGGCCAAGACGGAGGUAGUGGCAACCGACCCGCUGGCGCGCGACGAGGUCCAGGCGGCGCUGAAGGCCAGCACCCCGAGCGCCACGCCAACAAAGGCCACGAAGAACCCGGGCGUGGAUUUCUGCUUGGACGGCUCGGCGGCGGGGGCGGCGUGGAAGCCGCGCGCCCAGGCCCGCGAGCAGCUCUGGCGGGCGGCGGGCGCUCGACGCCAGUCCAUCAGCGCGGCCACGCGCCUGCUCGCGGGCGGCCUCCUCCCAACGACGGCCUACGGCUGCAGCGCCCAGGCCGAGCAGGCGCUCGUGGCUUGGGGCCGCGGGCUCGCGCGGAACCACCCCGACACCUCCGGCGACAUGCUGCGGGCGCGGCGGCACGCCGCGCAGGUUCGCCUCGAGCAGGGGCCCGGCCUUCUGGCGGGGCGCGGCCCCGCGGCGGCGGCGCAGCUCGCGCUCGAGCGGCCGGGCCGGAGCUCCACGGCGAUGCACCGCGGGGCCGCGGACGACGGCACGACGCUGAAGCUCGAGGAGAUCGGCGGCCACGCGCCCCGCAGGCACAACCGGCACGAGGCCGCGGCUCGCGACGAAGACCUCGAGCGCGCGGCCAGCGGCGCAGCCGCCCGCAGCCUCCGACGGCGACCCGCGGCCUCCGACGGCGGCUGCUCGCCGCCGCGGUGCCCCGCCCAUGCAGCGGAGAGGCGCGACGCCAUCGCGGGCGACGAGGUGCUGCAGGCCUUCGCCGACGCGGCCGAGGCGUCCGACAGCGAGGACCCCCGCUACUCGAGGGCGCUCAUCCCCGACCACGUGGCCGCCCUCCCGCAUUCGUUGGAGACCGAGGAGGCGCGGUGGAGCAGCGGCCACGGCUACGCGGCCGUGGCUGGCGCCAGCGCCCUGCACACCGACGGUUCGGCGAUGCGCGACAAGGCGGGAUCGCCCGAGGUGCGCGCUGGCUGGGGGCUGGCGGCGCUGCAGGUCUGCGGAGCAGCGCACGGCGCCUGGGGCUGCGCCCCCGCCCACCUGCCGCAGGACGCGAACGCGGACGAGAUCAUGGCUGCAGCCCGCGCCCUGCACUGGGGCCUGCCAGGCGCGGACGGCAUCCUCGAGAUCAGGACGGACUGCAAGCUGCUCGUGACGGGCAUCGCCGCGGGCAAGGCCAGGUGCUGUGCGUGGGACCGCCCGCACCUGGAGGUGUGGCGCGAGUUCUGGCGGGCCGUGGACGGCUUCGGCGGACAGCAGUACGUGCGGGUCACCAAGGUGAAGGGGCACGCCACGCUCCGCUCGGUCCGCGACGGUUGCACCAGGAUGGACGUCUACGAGGGCAACCGCGCCUCAGACGGCUUCGCCAAGAAGGGCGCGAGGCUCCACCCCACGAGCGAGGCGGCGGUGGAGCGCAUCGAGCUGGCCGGCGCGAUCGUGGCGGCGACGGCCUGCUGGCUCGGCGAGGCGCUGCAGCUGGGGAGCGCCGCCCUCACUCACGGCGGCGCUGGCGGCCCAGGCCCGCGGAG